UGAGCCUGUUGAGCCCAGCCUACGCUAACUUGAAGGAAGUAAAUAGUUUUUAAUUUUAGACCAGGUGGUAUUUUUUAUUGCUUGCGGUGCGGUCACUCUGCAGCCUAGGCUAUGUUAGCCCACCUUUAGUUGAAUAUGCAAAACAAAAACGAGUAAACCCAAAGCUCCAUUAAUUAAAAAGCCUUUGACGAGGCCAAACUACGAUUCGAUGUUCCCGUAAGUCCACAAGACCGUCUGGCAAAUCCAUGGAUCCAGUUGCCAUCCGCCCCAAGCCGGCGGGGUCGGGAAAGCGCGCGGAUCCGCGGCCGAAGGUGAAGAAGCCGGGACAAAAGAGGAUGUACCACUGCGGCGUUUGCUUGGAGGGAUUCUCGCGGCAUUUGGCCACCAAGCGACACGAGCAGCAGUGCGAGGCCAAGUUAAGACGCCUGUUCAUCUGCCGGCUCUGCCUGACGCUCUACGGCGACGAGUCCCGGAUGGAGAGGCACCGGGAGAGGAAGCACGCCGACGGACAGUACCUGUGCCUGCAGUGCGGCAAGCGGUACGCAUCCGCUACGUUCCUGUACCGCCAUGUGGUGAGCUGGCACGGCGGUCAGUCGCUCUUCUACUGCGGCAUGUGCGCGGACAACUGCAACGACGCGAAGGCCUUCAGUGGGAUACGGGAGUUGCAGGAGCACGCCGAGGAGGUGCACCACCUUUGCUCCCUAGAGUCGAAUGCCAGCGAAACAGGCAGCCUGGUCGAUGAGACCGAGAACCUGGAGAUGCUGGAGGAGAACAUCGAGGACAUCCUGCCCAGCGUCGAUUGGGAUGACGAUCUUACCUUUGGAUGGCCCAUGGACCUGGACAAGGAGUUGUGCAUUGCGGACGCCAAGCCGAGCGGGUUUGUGUGUCCCUUCUGCGCCAAUGGGUUCUCGGGCAGUCUGAGCCUGGUGCGGCACCUGGAGCAGGUACACGACCGAAAUCUCCUGGACUGCUGCUACUGCGGAAAGAGCCACGGGAGUCGGGAGGCCUUGCGGUGCCACCUGCAACGCGUUCAUGUCCUGCUGCGCGGUCAUGUGUGCGGUGUGUGCCAGGCGGACUUUGCUACCUCCGAUCAUCUAAAGAAGCACGUAAAUAGCCGGCACCUGAACCACCGACCUCACCAGUGUCCCACUUGCGGCAAGAGCUUCGCCCAGCGCUGCCACCUUACCCAGCACUUGGCCACGGAACGCGGGCAUGGGCACGGCAAGUUCGUCUGCCAACUCUGCCUAUGGCCCUUCUUUCGCGCCAUCGAUCUCGAGCGGCAUGUAAACGAGAAGCAUCCCUAGGAAGCCAAAAGGGCUUGUUUCGAGGAUGAAAAGAGGUUGGCGAAAGCAUGUUUAACCGGAAGUGGGUUACUUUGGGAGAAUUGGAUUUAGAAGGAUAAAAUGUUUCGUUUUACAAACAAAUUUACCAAUUUUUUGCGCACAGUAUCACACAAAUUUGGCUUGUCCUUUAAAAUCGCAUGUUUUAUUUAAUAGAAAUCUGAAAUAAAAAUCAAAGUUGUUAGAUAUACAUUUUUUUUCACGGCAUUCUUGAAUUCAUGACUUUUAUGUAAUUAGCAUUAAUUCGAAUUUAAUUGACGUUCACCAAUAAUAUCUUGCACGUUCUCUGCGAAGAUUUCAAUCAUUUGUAAUGUAUAAUUUAGAAUUAAUAAAUAUUAAUCCUAUUUUAGCUCAAAUAUAUAAACAAAUAAACAAAAUGCAGUACUGAAAA